CUUUGUACUUAUAGCCCUUUCGACCGACGACAGACCCACGGGUCAUAUUCACAGCUUACCAAUAACAUUGGCGCCGCGCAUGCUUACCUAAAUCCCAUUUCCGUUAAGACGCUACUCACUUCUCUCCCUCACAUUUCCUUUUCGCAGAAUAUCCGCUGCAUCCAGCAGUGCCUCAGGCUGCUCUCCUGCUCAACCAACGGCUCUGGAAUUCCAGGCAACUGCCAUGUUUGGACCGCAGCCCAGCCCAUUCGAGAAUGGUGUACGCGACAACAUCAGCGUCCUCAUGGGCCCCAUCGUUCCGAAGGACGACGAAGGCGAGAUCGCUCUCAAGGUCGCCGUUGUGCUAAUUAGCGACCCCUACCUCAACCGCCUCGUCAACGCGCUGGGCAACAUCGUCACCAUUAACCCUGUCGUCGGCGGCCCUGUGCAGUCCAACAAGGUCCUGGGACGCCUCGCCCAAGUGUCGUCAACGCAGUUCCAUAUCGGCGACGCCGCCCAAGUGACGAUAUCACCCCACACGCGCUUCAUUCCGCUGACAACUCACCGCUUCCGCACACUUGGCGCUAACCCUGCCACCGACUCCGGCAACACUUCCAACGAGGCGCCCAUGUUAGUGUAUCCGUACGGCGCCCUGACGGAAUACUCCGGACGCGACGAGCGGUUCAAGAAGCUGGACGCCAUGGUAGCCACCGGAGAUCCCAACGACCCCAACCCCGUAAAGAUGGCCAUUAAGUCACGGGCGUCUGCUCUCACUCCCUCCAUGGCCCGCCUACUGGACCACGCUGCGGCGACGGGACAGGCGCUGUACAUCAACGGCUACUUUGACCGCAAGAACGAGGCCUUCGACGGCACUGUCUGGACCAACUCCUCCUUCAUCUUCGGUGCCCACCCUACCCGCGCUGUUCGCAAGUUCAUCCUGAAGGCCAUCGCCAAGAUCAACGGCGGCGCCGACGCAAGCGGUGUCAACUGGAUGAACCGACUGGCACAGGAGUGGGAAGGUGACGCGGAGAGCACUCGGCCGCAGGACGGACUCAUUCGCAAGGCCGUUCUCCAGCCGCUCCAGGUCAAGCCGUCCCUGACCGGCCACACCGAGCACGUUCUGCCGAUGGCCCUCACGCACGACGACCACCACUACGCCGUGUACGCCAACACCCUCGACGUCGUUCAGCACGUACCCGGAUACCUGGAGGAGUUCGGCACGGUCGAGAUUGCCACCGUCAACCUGCCCAACAUCAUCAACUUCCUCCAGGAGCCCUUCGAGAUGCACGCCGACGUCGAGGUGCUGACAACCAAACGAUUCACCCGCAUCACCCGCUUGGUACCCCGCGCCUGAAAUGACACGCCACCCGUGCAGUGUCAUGCGUUUGGGUAUCACACCUUUGGUCUUGCGUAAUUGAAGUACAGGUUCACUGUACGCACUUAGAAGUUUAUGGCCAUACGCACUGUGCCAUUCGUAUUUGGCCGUGAAUGCUGAUGAAGGGUCCGGUGUCUUCGUACCGUCGCGUCUGUUCGUGUACGUACUACGAUGAGGACUAUUACUCCGCAUACCACGCUAUACGAACAGAGCCAUGCGCAAUGUGCCAGUUGUACUCUGCCAUUCCGUCUAGUAUUGCGCUUGUUGGCGUCAAAGUCUUCUAUGCAUUCCGGUUAUGCGUACAUACAUUGGUACACGAUCUGUGCCAUACGAACAGUGUCACACACGCUGCGGAGUCGUCCUACUGGGCUUGGUCGUAGUUGUAUGUCAACAACGCCAUAUGUUCCACGUAUGGUGUGCCAGUUGUACUAUGCCAUUCGUGUAGUUAUGCGUUUACGUGCUAUGCACUUCCAAAACCUUAUCGCACACGUUUCAUGUCCUGAACAGUUAAUUUCACUUGUUGUCGACCAAUAACACUAGGAUGUCCACGGUUGCUGGAGCUAUGACGGUUGCCGGAGCAAACACGUCCACCAAUGACACGGUCAUAACCACAC